GCCAUUCUUUGCAGAAAAUGAAUACACCAGCAGCUCAAUUUCCAUACCCAUGGCAGCGUUGCAAAAUUGUUCACUUGGUGAGGCACGGACAAGCCAUGCAUAAUGUGGAAGGAGACAAGAACCGUGAAGCACUGUUGUCCCCUCACCUAUUUGAUGCCCAACUUUCCCCACUGGGAUUGCAGCAGGUUGACAAACUGCGUAAGGACGUUCAUGCUAGUGGCCUACUUAAGAGGAUUGAUUUAGUCAUCACUUCCCCUUUAUACAGGACCAUGCAAACUGCUUUUGGAGUUUUCGGUAACCCUGAAAGAUCAGCUGACGAUUGCCCACAAAUUAUGGCAGUUGAGCUUUGUCGAGACCGCCUGGGUGUUCGUCCUUGUGAUAUGAGAAGACGAGUCAGCGAAUGUCAAGCUCUUUUCCCUUCAUUUGAUUUUUCAAUGAUGGAUGGUGAAGAUGACAGAAUAUGGAAUCCAGACGUUCGGGAGCCUGAAGAGGAAAUAGCUGCCCGAAUGGUUUUAUUUAUGAAAUGGCUAUGGACAAGGCCGGAGCAGGAGAUUGUUAUAGUCAGCCAUGGCAUAAUCCUUCAGCACAUUCUAUACAUACUUGGAAAUGACUGCCAUCAAACAGUUAGAUCAGCUUUAUGCAAACGGUUUGACAAUUGUGAGCUACGAUCCGUGGUCAUCGUGGAUAAAAGCUUGGGGGCAGCUGACUCACAGGUUUGCUCACCUACUCCAAGUGGUGUUGCGAAAGCGAAGGUGUUAAGGGAGCAAGUUUCCAAUUAAUUGCACUCACUUUGAAACAAUAGAUUUAGCGUUGAACUUGAACGCUCGAGACUUCUUUAAU